GAAGUGGCGAGUCAGGGCCCAGCUAGGGCCCAGCUGGCGUGUCCCUCUCUCUCUCUCUCUUGUGGUUGAUCGAGCGAUGGAUUGAUAGGUCGAUUGGAGGGCUCUUGGCGCGAACAGCUGUCGGCGGUUUGUCUAGAGCAGGGGAAGGCCAGCACGAGAAAAGUGGUAGGUCAUGUGAGAAGACCACAGAAGAGGAAACAAGGGAGAGAGUCGGGGGCAAGGGGCGCGGUGAAGAGAGCUAGGGAGAAAGGGGAAGGAGUAAGGACGAACAAGGAACGAAGGAGAACAAGAGGAAGGAGUAAGGACGAACAAGGAACGAAGGAGAACAAGCGAAGUAGCUCGAGAGGAGGUCAGAGGAGGGCAGAGAAACGACCGGUACCAGUUGCUUUGGAAGAUUAGGGCGUAUAUUGAUUGAUUGGUUGAGCUUGCAUGCGCCGUAAUGGCUCCUCCGGCCAGACCGGGAGAUGCGGCAUAUGCCAAUAUCGAGAAAGUGAACGCAGAGCUCUUCACUCUGACGUAUGGAGCAGUUGUACGGCAGCUUCUGACGGAUUUGGAGGACAUAAAUGAAGUCAACAAACAACUGGACACCAUGGGCUAUAACAUUGGGAUUCGCUUGAUUGAUGAAUUCCUCGCAAAAGCAAACAUAUCACGGUGUACGGACUUCAAAGAGACCGCCGACGUGAUUGCAAAGGUUGGCUUGAAGAUGUUUCUAGGAGUCACUGGAACCGUUGCGAAUUGGAAUCAAGACAAUACAGAGUGCAGCCUGAUCCUCGACGACAAUCCACUUGUAGAUUUUGUAGAGCUUCCCGAAACUUGUCAAGGCUUGUUGUACUGUAAUAUUCUUUGUGGUGUUAUCCGCGGAGCUUUGGAAAUGGUGUCUAUGAAGACAGAAGCUCGAUUUGUCAGAGAUGUGCUGCGGGGAGAUGAAGCGUAUGAGAUUCGAUUAAAACUGUUGGAGCACUUGCCAGAAGUUCUCCCCUAUAAGGACGAUGAUUGAAGCCGUUUGCCGGAGUUGAUGAUCAGAGCGGAUGUAGGAGAAAUUAGGACCGAAGGUUUCCAGGCACUGGUGUGCGCGGCACGUGGUGGCGAACUCGAAUCAUCUUGAGUUUUCAUUUUCUGACUAUUCCUUCCCCAGCUCGCGCCUCCCCUUGUGGCCCCUCCCCCCGCCCCCCGCCCCCCCUCCUCCCCCCUACCCUUCCCAUCCCUCCCCCAUUCCGUUGUAAGGUUGUUUCGUACUAAUAGGGUUAUCCAGUUUAAGUUGUUUGUGAGUGCAUUACUGAUAUUCUUCCUGUUCUCUCAGCUAUGUGUACAUGUCCGUCGUUCCGAAGUCGUUUAGUGUCUUGUGUUUCAGACAAUUCUUUGUGUGAUUGUGAAUGAUGGGCUGUUGGUAUCUAUCUGGUCUCUGUAUGGAGACGUUUAUGUUGUGAUGCUUAUAGACUUGUGCAUCGGUGUCGAAAAAACUCAGACUCAUCACUUAAAACAAGUCAUUUGAAAAUUGAAACAGAUCAUUUCAAAAAUUAAAAUGAAUAAACAAAUCAUUUAAAACGAA